UCGGAGCACAAAUAUCCAUAGACUUGGUCAAACUUCAUUCCAUUCGUCCACUUCCUGAUUCCCCCCACCACGACCAACUCGAUAUGCUCCUCGUCGACGGCGAACCCGUCUCCUCCGCCGGCUCCUCCUCCACGGGGAGCAUCGGGAGGGAGCUCGUGGCGGCGCUCAUGAGGAACCCCGGGCUCUGCGCGGCGUCCGACCGUCUCAGGGCAGCGCCGGAGCGGCGGAUCUCGUCGGGGCAUGAGGAACCAAGGCACGUGUACGUAUUCCAGAGGGAGUACGCCACGGUGGAUCCAGCGCGCGUCGAGUUAGUGGGCACAGAUGAAAUGACUACAUGUGUGGGUGUUGUAAUUCGCAACACGGAGACUGGAAUGACUUCCAUUAGCCAUAUGGACUUCCCAAAGAUUGUAGAGGGAGGGCUCAGACAGAUGUUAGAAUUACUCGGUGAUGACAAUACACCAUUUGAUGUUCACCUGAUUGGUGGCUUUGAUGAUGCUUCAACAAAGGUAGUCCACUCGUCAGGAAGGAAGCACAAGGUACAGGAAGGGUAUUCACAUCCACUAUGUUGUAAGAUUGUUGAAGCACUGCAUAAAUCCCAGCAACAGUUCCAUCUUCGGUCAUUUUGUGUCCUUGGGAAUAACACUAUGACAGAUUCAUAUGGGAAUGCACGACCAAUAAUUGGUGGAUUUGUGAUGCAAACAUCAUCUGGGGUUGUUAUUCCAGCAAGCUUUGACAUGGCUUCAAGGUGUCCUGAUGAAAUAGUCAGGAGAAUUCGUGUGAGUGUUUCUUCUUAUGAUCCAAGUUGGAAAGGAAGGCUACUGGAGACUUAUGACACUCACUCCGAUAUUUUCAAAAUUGCCCCUGCCUGCUGGAUGCCAAAUUGGGCAGAAAUAGCAUCCUCACUUAACCAGCUUUCAGACUCUGAAGUCCUGCUGCAAUGCUCCACCUCUCCAGCUGCAGAGCCACCUCAUUUUGUCGAAACUGAAAGAAGGAUAUGGAAAUACUUGAUUGAAAAUCCAGAUUGGGAAGAUACAUUUCCAAACUACAAGCCCCGGAUCUUCCAUAGUACCGUUGAUGGAAGAUGGUCAAGGCAUUCUUAGCAUCAUCCAUUGCUCCUUAUGGUUGGUGCUCUACAAGCGGAACAGGAUAAGGAGCCUCACACGGUUGUUAGGGAUGAUGCCAGAUCAUGGUCACUCUGAUGUCUUGGCGUUCCCAGUCAAUUUAUCCAUCUACUUACGCCUUUUCUCCUUAAACUGGUCCCAUCCAUAUUCGUAGGUGAUUCAAAAUUUAUUUGGACUCCAUAUAUGUAUCGAGAUAAUCCGGUCAGAGGUUGAUGUUCUAAGAGGCAUGGUUGCCAUGUUGUGUUGUGGACUCGUGCAUACUGUAUUGACCAUUGUUGCUCAUAUCUGACUUUUGAUUUUAUUUUAUUUUUGCUGAGAAACUUUUGAUGUUUGAUUGGAGGGUGAAAUCAUCUGCGUGUAAUUUUCCAUUGUGGUCAUAGGCAGAGGUUAGGCUUUGUGUAA